AUGUCAGAAGGUACACAAGUUGUUGACGAAAUUAGGAAUCACUACGAUUGUAGGUACAUUUCAGCAUGUGAGGUAGUCUGGCGUUUAUUUGGAUACGAAAUCCAAGAGAAAGAACCAUUUGUGGUUAGACUUCCAUUCCAUUUGGAGGAUGAGCAACCUGUGGUUUACAGUGAAACUUCUAAUGUGAAUGAUAUCGUCGAAAGAGCAGUAUCUCAUAAGUCCAUGUUUUUGGCAUGGAUGUCGGCGAACAUAUCAUAUCCCUAUACUCGAAGUCUGACUUAUGCUGAGUUUCCAACCAAGUUUUUUUGGAAGGACGAUACUUCAAAAUGGUUUCCUCGAAAGCAAGGCUUUAUAAUUGGAAGGUUGACUCAUCUACUUGCAGAGUUAACCAUGUCAUAUGAUGAGAUUAAGCAGUUGUGCUUAAUGGAUAUAGAUAAGAUCUUACAUUCCUCUAGUAAAAUCUUGAAAGACUAUCCUCCUAUACCUUUAACAACUGAAGUUGAUAGUUCUUUGUUAAUCGAAAGGGUUUUUUUCUUUGUGUAUGGCCAUGGGGGUACUGGAAAAAUAUUUAUCUGGAACCUUAUGUCUGCUGAGAUUCGCUCAAGGGGUGAUAUUGUGUUAAACGUUGCUUCAAGUGGUAUUGCAUCUUUACUUCUUCACAAUGAAGCGCUUGAUAAAUGCUUAGGUGAUAUUAUGAGAUUUUAUCCAACAUAUAACAAAGAUUUGCCCUUUGGAGGAAAAGUGGUUGUACUAGGUGGAGACUUUAGACAAAUUCUUCCUGUCGUUCCACGAGGAUCGAGACAAGAUAUCGUUCAUUCAAUCGUGAAUUUGUCUUACCUUUGGAAGUUUUGUCAGGUGCUCAAACAAAUAAAAAAUAUGAGACUUUCUGUAGAGAUGACUGCUUCAGAUCAAGAUGAGAUAGAGCAAUUUGGUGAGUGGUUAUUGAAAGUUGGUGUUGGUCUAAUAGGUGACAAUAUGGAUGGUGAAUCUGAGAUAUGUCUUCCAGGAGAUAUUGUUAUUCCUUCUUCGGACCAGGCAUUUGAUGAGUUGGUUCAUUUUUCUUAUCCAAAUAUUUUGGAUAACAUGUCCUUAAAGGAUUUUUUCAAAACAAGAACUAUACUGGCUCCCAUGCUGGAGAUCAUUGCAGAGGUCAACAACCAUCUUAUGGCUAUCAUUCCUGGAAGAGAAAAAUUAUAUCUUAGUUCGAAUUCGAUUGGUAUGGAUGAAGGGAAUAUGGAGAGUCAACUAGAUCUCUAUGGUCUUGAAUUACUGAAUAGCAUAAAUUGUUCUAGUUUGCCUCCACCUAAAUUAAUACUUAAGGUUGGUGUUUUAGUGAUGUUACUGAGUAAUAUUGACCAAUCCAGUGGUCUUUGUAAUGGUACAAGGCUACAAGUUAGGAAGCUUGGAAAUCAUGUCAUAGAAUGUGAAGUCUUAACGAGUAACAAUGUUGGUCAUAUUGCUUUGAUUCUAAGAAUGAAUAUGGUACCAAUAAAUGAAACUCUCCCAGUUAGAUUCCAAUGA